AUGUACACAGUUGGAUUACCGUGGAAAGAAGUAAAUGUUAGUUUGCCCGACAAUUAUGACUCUGCCUUGAAACGCUUAGAAAAUACAGAGAAAAGGUUGAAAAAGAAUCCAGUGGUCUUCAGUGCGUACCAAAAAACACUUGAGAACUAUGAGGAGAAAGGGUAUAUUCGCCGAGUUAAACCAUCCGCAAAGAACAAUCAGGGUUGGUACCUACCGCAUUUUCCAGUAAUACGUUUAGACAAAGAAACUACAAAGAUCAGAGUGGUGUUCGAUGCUUCAGCCAAGUGCCAAGAUGUAUCGCUCAAUGACAAGAUUGAACAAGGGCCAAAACUGCAGAGAAAUUUGUUUGAUGUUCUGUUACGUUUCAGAAGACAUGAAAUUGCACUGAUUUGUGACAUACAAGAGAUGUAUCUUAGAGUUGGAAUUAUAGAAUCGGAUAAAAAAUUCCAAAGAUUCUUGUGGCGGACAGACCCAGAAGAUCCUCCAACCGUGUACGAGUUCAACCGGGUCGUAUUUGGUGUGAACGCAUCGCCCUUCUUAGCUCAGUUUAUUGCUCAAAGAAACGCGAAAGAAUAUGAAAAUGAUUAUCCAAGGGCGGCAGAAACAGUUCUAAAAUCUACAUACAUGGAUGACAGUAUGGAUUCGGUGUGCACAGAGAAAGAUGGUGUUGAACUUUACAAACAGCUGUCAUCACUUUGGAGUAAAGCUGGAAUGUAUGCGAGAAAGUGGCUUUCCAAUUCAGCAGCAGUGCUAGAGAACAUUCCGCAAGCAGAUCGAUUAAAGGAGGUUGAUCUCAGUGAAGGGGGGUUACCAGCAGUCAAAACUUUGGGUGUUUUGUGGGUGGCCGACGACGACCAGUUCACAUUUCGAGUGAGUGGGCCAUUAGAGGGUAUGCAGUUUACCAAGAGAACAUUUCUGAGUAAAAUCUCGUCGUUGUAUGAUCCGCUAGGGUUUUUGGCUCCUUUUACCGUGCGUGCUAAGCUUCUAAUGCAAGACAUUUGGGUAUCGGGAAUAGAUUGGGACCAAAAGCUUAGCCAAUCAGACAAUUUUAAGGUUAUAGAGUGGUUUGAAGAACUAAAACUGUUGCCAGAAAUCAGAAUUCCUAGAUGCAUUAAUAUGGGAUUAAACACUGAUGACUUUGAGAUACAUACAUUUGUAGAUGCUAGCAGCAAAGCUGUCGGUACAGUUGUUUAUGGUAAAAGUUCAAAUGGAAGUAGUGCCGUCAUCACUCAAAUUGUUGCAAAGAGCAAGGUCGCACCGAUAACUUCCGUCAGCAUACCGCGUCUUGAGCUCAUGGCAGCUAUACUAGGGUUAAAAACAACCGUGAACGUGUGCCGGGCAAUAGAAAUCGACAUGAGCCAUGUGACAUUUUGGUCUGAUAGUAUGAAUGUUCUGUGGUGGAUUCGUGGACAGAGUAGGCGCUACAAACCAUUUGUGGCCAAUCGUGUUGGAGAAAUACAUGAAAAGUCAAGUCCGAAUCAGUGGCGAUAUGUCCCUUCGAGUGAAAACCCUGCAGACAUAGUUUCGCGUGGUAUGUCUGUUGACAGUUUGGUCGAAAGCAAAAUGUGGUGGCAGGGACCCGGUUUUCUUAAGGACUCUGUAGAAUGCUGGCCAAAGAAUCCAGUCGUAAAAGGAUCGGAUGUCGAUGUCGAAAUGAAGAAAUCCCUGUCCGUAGAAGAAAACUGUACAUUUCUUGAACUAUCAAAGAGAGGACCAAUGAGAAGCGACGACCAUUCUUGGCGGCUUAUUCCGGAGAGGUUUUCAAGUUGGACGCGAUUGGUCAGAGUAUGUGCCUGGGUGUAUCGUUUCGUUACAAACUGUGUCAUCGAGAAACAGUCACGCGCUACUGGAGAGUUGACUGUUUGCGAAAUCCGCAAUGCUGAAAUCGUGAUCAUAAAGCAAGCACAAAACGACUGUUUCAAAGAAGAAAUCGCAAACAUAUCGCGGGGACAGAAACUUUCGAAUAAAAGUAAGCUAGUCGGGUUGAAUCCAGUGCUAGAUCAAGAUGAGCUUGUUCGAUCAGAUGGUAGACUGAAGUAUGCUGAAUUCCUUUCGUAUGAUAUUAGAUUUCCCAUCAUCCUACCAAGAAAGCACUGGGUUACCAAACUGAUUGUUAAACAUCAUCAUGAACAGGGUUUCCAUGUGGCAGGGACAAGUCAGACGCUUGCAAGCCUAUCCUUGCGUUUUUGGAUCCUGUCUGGACGAGAAGCCAUCCGCGAGUGGGAAAAUGAGUGCAUGAAAUGUAGAAGAAGAAAAGCACAACCAGCAACGCAGAUCAUGGCGCCACUACCAGAUAUCCGGCUGCGAAACUCUAUGAAAGCCUUCUGUCAAGUCGCGGUCGAUUUCGGUGGUCCGUAUAUCACUGUUCAGGGAAGGGGAAGGCGCAGAGAAAAACGUUAUCUGUGCUUGUUCACCUGUCUUAUGAGUAGAGCAGUUCAUUUGGAAGUGGCUUUCGGGUUGGACACCAGCUCCUUUAUGAACGCUUUCUAUCGUAUGAUAAAUCGACGUGGUCUUCCAAAAGAAAUGAUAUCAGACAAUGGCACGAACUUUGUUGGCGCAGAUCGUGAAUUGCAAGAGUUGGUAGCAAUGUUAGACACUAGUAAAAUAUCAGAGGACGGUGCAAACAAAGGUAUACAGUGGCAUUUCAAUCCCCCGCUUGCGCCGCAUUUUGGCGGGGUUCAUGAGAUUAUGAUUAAAGCCGCAAAGAGAGCUGCGUUUGCGGUUUUGAAAGGUGCUGACGUGACAGAUGAAGAGUUAAUAACCGCAUUCACUGGAGUAGAAGCGUUACUGAACUCCAGACCAUUGACCUAUCAGACCGCAAACCCGUUGGACCAGCUUCCGCUGACUCCCAAUCACUUCUUGUUUGGGCAAGCCGGUGGACAUUUUGCCCCAGAGUCGGUCGACACAACCGAUUAUAGUCCGCAGAAACGUUGGAGACGUCUCCAAGAACUCGUGCGUCACUUCUGGGGACGUUGGAUGCGUGAGUGGUUACCUAGUUUGACAUCCCGGAAGAAGUGGUACUUUCCACAACGAGACCUGAAAGAAGGAGACGUCGUUCUGGUAAUCUCACCAGACACACCACGAGGUCAUUGGCCCAUGGGACGAAUAGAGGAGCUCCACAAAGGCAAAGACGGUCGCGUUCGUGUUGCAUCGGUGCGCGUUAAAGACACCACCUACACUCGUUCGAUAACAAAGUUAUGUCCACUUGAAGUGGAUCGCGUAUAA